AGAACGAAGUUUGAGAUUACCCUUUACGCAGGCUGAAGACUAGGGUUUUUCUAUCCCGCGGCAGAGAAGAACCACCAGAAUGGAGGCGGCGCCGAUUGAAGUCGUUCAAUGCUACGGUCGUAAAAAGACGGCGGUUGCCGUGUCUCAGUGCAAACGCGGCCGUGGACUAAUCAAGAUCAACGGCUCUCCAAUCGAGUUGAUCCAGCCUGAUACACUCCGUUACAAGGCUCUCGAGCCCAUUCUCCUCCUAGGACGGAACCGUUUCGCCGGAGUCGACAUACGCAUCCGCGUCAAAGGCGGAGGUCAAACUUCCCAGAUCUACGCCAUCCGGCAAUCAAUUUCAAAAGCGCUCGUCUCAUUCUACCAGAAGUACAUGGAUGAGCAAUCGAAGAAGGAGAUCAAGGAUGUCCUUGUUGGAUAUGACAGAACAUUGCUGGUGGCCGAUCCAAGGCGGUCUGAACCGAAGAAGGCCGGAGGUCCCGGUGCUCGUGCAAGGUACCAGAAAUCAUACCGGUGAUCGCUCAUGAGUUCUUCUGACGAAAGUAUUGACAUUUUUCAGAUUUAAUUAGAUAGUAUUACUCUGCUUCUUAAAUAGUUACACUUUCCCUCUACAACUAGAUAGUAUUACUCUGAUUUAAUUAGAUAGUAUUACAUUUUUCAGAUUUAAUUAGAUAGUAUUACUCUGAUUUUUUUCAUCGACAUUGACACUUCGAUGAGAGUUAAUUAGAUUUUAUUUUUGAGUGAUGCGAGUUAAUUAGAUUGGUCAAGAGGUUAAAGUUUGAUUUUUGAGUGAUGCAAGUUCGAUUUUUUAAUGCAUCGUAUGUUAACAGGAUGGUUAGAGCUUCAGAUUUCCC